UGAGCGGCCCCUCGUCCCGGCCCGACCCGCCCCAGCGCCGCCGUCCCUCGCCGCAGGUGCCGCCGCCGCGUCCCGGGGACAGGAACCGCCGCGGGGCCGGUCGGCGGCCGCCCAGGCCGGGGAGGAGCCGCGGGAGAAGCGAUGCAGGAAGCCAUUACCAUAACGGAGCAGCCAGUCUCUGUCUCUGUCCCAGUGGGAUAUUCCUUCACGCUGCGGUGCCGAGCCCAGGGACGUUCCUCGCUGCAGUACCAGUGGUUCUGUCAGUACCAGUCUGGCUGCCGCCUGAUUCCUGGAGCAACCAACCAAGACCUGCCCAUCAUUGCAGAGCAGACUCAGCUCUACACCUGCAGAGUCAAUGACCUCCACAGAAAUGCUGUCUUCUCCGACUGGGUGAAAGUAGAGGUCCAUCAGUGUGUUGCUAGAGGUCUGCCCCCUCGGCUGUGGCAAGGAGAGCCAGUGAUUGUCCUCAACCCCCAGGAGCAGCGGGUGGAGGUGGGGCAGCCCCUGCAGCUGCAGUGUGCUGCCAUGGGGGUCCCAGCCCCCAGCUACCAGUGGUACCGCAAUGGGAACCUGCUGGAGCAGCAGAAGAGAAAAAAGCUCCGGAUCACCCACACCAAGGUCAGUGACUCUGGCACGUACCUGUGCUGUGCCUCCAACAGUCACGGAGAGCAUUGGACCAACGCCGUGGACGUUCACAUCGGUACCUGUGGCCCUGGAAAGUUUUUUGCUACAGGCAAAAUAGCACUUUUAGUGGGCAACAACCGUUACCAGCAUCACCCCAACCUCAUGGCUCCUGUGAGGGAUGUGUUUGAGCUGAGGCAUCUUCUGGAGCAUCUGGGCUUCCAGGUUGUCUCCCUGCUGGAUCUGAACAAGGCUGAGAUGGCAACAGCGGUCGCUCAGUUCCUGCAGCUCCUGGGGAAGGGAGUCUAUGCUAUAUUCUACUAUGCUGGGCAUGGCUAUGAACAUCUGGGGAGGAACUACAUGGUGCCUGUGGAUGCUCCACAGCCCUACGCCCCUGAGAACUGCAUCAGCGUGCAGAGGAUCCUCCAGAAGAUGCAGCAGCAGCAGACAGCCCUGAACAUCAUCCUGCUGGACACCUGCAGGAAGUGGUACAACCCAGGACGUGCCUUGUCCCAGGUGCAGCCCCUGGAGCCCUGGGGAAACACUGUCUAUGGCUAUUCCACGAGUGAAGAUGCAGAAGCCUAUGAAUUGCAGGAUGGGGAGUUCAGCUCUGGGAUCUUCAUGAAAUACCUGAAGAAACACAUUCUGCAAGAGAAGAAGGUUACACACAUGCUGGAGGAUGUGUUAGAAGACAUUGGCCGUGAUCCCCUGGUCACAGGGAAGCAGGUGAUGGAGAUCAAGCACACCCUGAAGGAAGCCCGGUCCCUGACAGACCCCAUCUGUCCCUCGGGAGCAGCUGCUGAGCGCUGGGGACACGGCCAAGAGCUGCCGAGCAGAACCGUGACCUUCCCGUGUGGGGUGCGGGUGGAGCUCCGCUUCCUGCGGCUCUUCUCCAACCUGAUGUUCGUGUGUGCCAAGCCACAGCCACCCCUGGCACACAUCACUGAGCCCCAGCUCCUGCUCCACCAGCUCGAGACAGAUGAUGUGGCCAUCCAGAGGGAGAGCUGUCUGGACCAUGUGGAGACUCUGCUGGCCUCUGUGUACAAGAGGGAGGAGCUGGACUGCAUCUUCCAGCUCUGUGCACUGCAGAAAAUUCAGACAGAUGUGGUCCUGCAGCUGGAUUUGCAUUACACCCAGCCAAGCACAAACCAGAGGACUUGUGAAAGCCUGCAGACGACCCUGCAGAAAUCCCUGCUGAGGCAGUUUGUCAGCCAGAGGAAGGACUCCCAGCCAGCUCCUGCCCGUGUGUGCCCACAGGAUGCCCUGGGGCUGGGCACUGAGCCCAAGGGCUCCCUGGGCACAGGCUCUGGGCACAGCUUGCCCAGCAGCAGCCCCUCCACCUUCAGCAGCGAGCCCGAGGAGAACGAUGAGAGCGACCUGGCUCUGCCUGGCCCGGGGCAGGACAGGCCCUGAGCCUCAGCCUGGGCUGCUGCUCUUUAACUGAGGCCUCAGUCUGAGUGCUAAAUCUGUCAGAAUCCAUCAGCUGCUUCCCAGCCCUGGCACAGCCCUGUGUGAAUGAGGCCAAGGCUGCUUUUUUGGAAAGGUUUCUCCAAUCUGUGCUCUGUAGGGCCUCGGUUCCCACUGGGAAUGUUCCCUGUCCUGUGAGAGCACUGGGAUCAGCAAGGAGUCAUUGUGGUGUCUGGCAGGGGACACAGCCACCCUCCAGUCAUAACACUGCCAGGCCAAAAUGGUGUUGCUGCAGGGCAAGGGCACAGGCUGAUGUUUUCUGCCUGGAAGGAAAUGUUGCUGCAUUGAGAAGCCCACAAACACUACAGACCCCUCUGGCUCAAAUCCCAGCCACGGCUGCUGGAUGUCCCCAACCUGUGGAAGGGACACAGGGCUGCGCUGAGGGAACCAGGUGAAACAGGCUCUCCACGGGGUCCCAGUGUGGUUUCCUUGCCAUGCCUGUGUCAAAGCAGGUGCUAAGUUCUGCAUUUGUGUAUUUAUAACAGGGGGGAGGCAGUAGCUUGCCAGGAAAAGGAAGGUCAGAUGUUCCAUGCAGUGUGUGUUUACAUUGGAGGCUGGUGUUGCACUGGAGCAGGAAUAGUGUCCAGGCAGGGGCACUGACACCUGCCCCUGCCAGCCUGGCACAGGGGCAAUAAAGGGUGUUCAGCCCUCUGCAGCUCCCAGUUCAGGUGCAGGAUGUCCUAUAGGAGAGAUGGAAUGUACCAGGACUGAGAAAGGAUAACCUCAAAAAAGUUAUUAUUGAUGCAAAUUAUUUUGUCUGUGUGCCUGUCUGUGCUGUGGGCAGCCUGAAGCACUAGGUGGGGAGCCAGCUGUGCAGGGAGAGCCACAGGGGAGCCCAGAGGACAGCAUGGCUGUCACAGCCCCUCCCUGAUGGCUUCCCUAGGGAAUGUUUGAUAAAGGUGAUUGCUCAGCAAAGGCCAGUGACCCUAGGCAAGUGUGGGGUCUCCAUCCUUGGAGGAAGGUUCACUUUAGGCUGCAGAAGGUGCCAGUGACCUGAUCCAAGCUGAGGGCUGGACCAGAGACCACUGGAGAUCCCUGCUGGCUGCUGUGGUCUUGUGGAAGAAAGAGGCUGGAUGGCAGAACGUCUUGAGAGGUCAAGGGCAGCAGGGUGGGAAGAAUGCCUGGGCUGUCUUGCUUUAAAAGAGGGUUGGAGGCAGAAUUUUCUCAGUUUUGCUCUCCUUCAGCAAUGAAGAUGCAUCCCUGUCUGUGGUGUCAGUUGCAGCAUAGAAAAAUCUGAAAUGUUGCUUCCAGAUAAACCAUUCUACAAGUGCUGGAAACCUGUCCAAAGAGAACAGAGGAGGCUUUUAUUCUUCUCACAGUGAGUAGAGCCAAGGGAAAGAAGAGGGGCCCCAGCUGGCUGCAGACUAGAAAGUCUCCUAGGGAAAAAAAAAAAAAAUCUAAAGUUCAAAAAAAUAAAAAAUUCAGAGGAUGUAGUUUAAAUAAGAUGGGUUGAUAGAGAAGCUAAACCAGGAAAAAAAAUUUCAGGAUGAACCAAAGAUCAGCUCAACAGCAGCAGCCACUGGGGACAGGUCAGUGGGAAUGGCUGAGCAGGCAUUUGGGAGGAGGCUGUCUCAGGAUUAUUCCCACCCCCCUGUGCUGUUGAGGCACUGAGGCAUGGCUGGCUCACAUUAUCCUGCCAAGUGUCAUCUAUCGUGAGUGUUUAUCUCAUUCAAAGCAAGGCUGUUUAUUUUUUCUGAAUAAAACACUAUUGGUGUUUUUAAUGCACAAAGGUUCACCUGGCUCUGAGUUAACUGUGUUUAUUUUUCCUCUAAUUGCCAGGAUGUAACUUAAUAUUGAUCUGCUGGGGUUUCAUGCUUCCAGCCUGAGCUUCUAGCCUCCUCUGGGUGAGCAUUGUUUCUUUUUUUAGGUAACUAAAAAUACUGAAGUUUGGAUUUAGAAGGCAGAUCAAGUGACUAGAUAGGAUGAAGUGAUGUGAGGUGAAAUGUGUAGAUAAAAAAUUGGUUGUGAUUUGUCCA